UUUUGAUGACAUCAUGGGCAGCGUAGCUCUCUGCAUUAGCGCACAAACGCAACAGAAUGUGCCAACUACCGCUUCAUUUCAAAUAGUUUUGUCCCCUCCGUGCUACCAAUACCAACGCCUGAUGGAUCUCUAUUAAAUUUACGGGACAACAAGGAAAUAAAUAGUUUUGAUCGGAAACGCCUUUGUUUUUUGUUUUUUUGCAUUAGCUAACAGCUAGCAGGCUAACUAGAUUGAGGGUGCCGAACCUGUUCGACCAAAAAGCUGAAGAGACAGAUUUAUGGCAAAGCCACACCACAAGACUUCCCGGUGGAGAUCCUGACUUCCACCGUUGGUUCUGUGCUAUCAACAUGUCCCCGCGGAAAAGACCCUUGGCUCCUGUAAACAACCGCCGCAAAGCGGGGGAUGACUACUUCCCUUUCAACUUCCUGCCAGUGGAGUGCCAGCUCCACGUGUUGUCUUUCCUGAAUGAGGUGGAUAAAUGUAGCUGUGCUUUGGUUUGCUUGAGUUGGAGUUGCCUUGUUCGUUCAUGGAAGCUAUGGCGGGUUGCUGACUAUUCCCGUCGAGGCGUCUUCCACCUGGGGCAAGAGGGGGUGCUGGUGUCCAAUCGAGAGUUUGAGAGGUGGAAAUCCUGGGUUCACCUCUACACGCACCAUCUCAUCUCGCGCCGGGCCAGUCUUCUCACAUUGAAGGCCAGCUUUGAUUUGGGGGAUCGCUGUAAUAAGUGGGGUGAGCUGCUAAGCCACCUGUUGGAUAAUGUCCACUGCAGGGACCUUGGUCAGCUAGACCUCAACUGGACGUUUACACUUCUUCAGCCUCUGGAUCUCAGGGUGCACUCCAGCUCCAGUUCUCACCAGGACAGCAUCACUAAGAUGGACCAGGUGACCAAUUUCCAGGAGCUGCUGACCAAACUCACUCAGAGCUGUCCUCGUAUCAGCAAGAUGAGGUUACACUUUGACUGGUCGGAUUUGUCAGUGUCUCUCCUCACCCAAUUCCAGCAGCUCAAAGUGCUUGAGCUGAAGUUCUUCUGGGUCUUCAAAGGAGUGACUCCAUCAACACUGCAGACCCUAACGACAUCCCUUCCUAACCUCAAAUCACUGACCUUACACAUUCUGGUGCCGCUCUGGAAUCUAGGUAUUUCCUACACUCUAGAGUCGCUUUCUUUGGAGUUCUUGGACGUGUCGCCCAGCAGAGGCCUGGUCUUCUCUUGUCUAAAGCUGCCCGCUCUGCGUGAGCUCAGAGCCAAGAAGAUUGUUCGUGGCAUUACAUUGGACAGGCGCACGAGGCUGAGGAUCCAGAGUCGUUGGCCCUGCUUGUACCAUGUCCUUCGGGAAGGGACGCCAAGACUGCAGGCCCUCAACAACGAGAGACUUCUUCCGACCUGGAGAGAGAGGAGCUACGAGGAACUGUCGGCCAUCCUGGACGGCUCCUGUUACUGUGUCCAGCAUCUUGACAGCUGGCUUUGGUAACCAACCAACUCUGUGAAUGUAAUUGUAUUCCUCAAUUAUUGUUUUACAUAACUCAGUUUACCGAGUGGGACACAAAUAAGUCACAUGAGUGGCUGCUAACUUUAGAGCGUCACCGGCCUCAAAGUUAAUUGAGAGCACUGGCUAUGCACGUAACAAAAAUGCAAGGUCCAAGAUACUUCCAUGGGAACAGUCACAAAUGUACACAAGUUUGCUUUCAAAGAUGUCAGUGUUGCCUAGCCUAAGAAGAUUGCAACAAAAAAUGAAUGAUUAAAGUAGGUCGUAUAUGAAAAUGAAUGAACUCAGCAGUACCGAUAAUGCAAAUAUGUAAAGGUGUGCAUAUUUUUACUUUGUAUAUUAUUUAUGAUAAAAGAAAACUGUAUUCUAAGUGAUCUCUGUAAUUCAAUAAUAAAGACCAGAAAAACGCCUUUUCCAGGACUACCAGCUUCUAUAAAAUCUUCAAUUUGCAACUGGCUUCUGAAUAUUUGUUUUGAAGAAAUGCAUUAAGAUCUUGUGAUUCUGAUUCAAGCCUGUUAGGAAUGCAGAUCAGCUCAGUUUGGGUUUAAGCCAGUGCUGGACCAACUGUUAAAUGAUGUGUUAAUGUACUGGAUGUGUUUCUUCUGAAUUUCCAUUACUCUUGUAGUUGUGUAAUAUUACUGUACUACAGUGCAAAUUUUCACAUGAGGUUUAGAUUUUAGAUUAUGCACUGUGGAUGUAAAUUAUUUUAUCCUCAACUGGAUUUUAUUUUGAUUUCAACUGUUUGGCUCCUCCAGCUGAGAAACCCAAGCAAUGCUCUUGCUAUAUUACACAUGCUGUUCACUAGAGACCCUUAUUGUCUAUGUUUUGCCUGUGAACACUUUUGGAGCUCUUUUUGCACGAUUCUAGACUAACUUUGUUGUCAGAACUAGUGGAUUGUGAUGAUUUCAUAGGUUGAUGUCAAUCUAUUUAAAAUAUUCUUUACUGACCAAUUAUACUUUGCUUUCUUUCAUUUCCCCUUAAAAACUGGUUUAAGUUAAUUUCUCUGAAUUUACUGUUCAGCACAUGUGAUUAAACCAAGUCAUUGCAAAAUUACUUUGCAAAGAUUUAUGCACUACAUUUAUAAUUUACUAAACAAUGGUGUGUUUUGUGUUGAGUUGGAGGGCCCCCGAGAUUAAGACUAAUGUCAUAACAGCAGUUUAGGGAAUAUAAAUGGGUUCAAUUGUACUUGAGUUUGUAAGCAAUAAACAUUUUUCUCUUGCGGCCUUUAAA